AUGACUUCACUUCAAGAGUUUAAUUGUGUGUUUUGUAAAGAAUUCUUUGAUAAUAAAGAGGAACUGCAGAUCCACUUCAGAAAGCACGGUGAUCCUAAAUUCAAUCCGAGUUCAAGAAUAAAGAACCGUCCUGUUAAUGUAGCUUCCGAUGAGAAACGGAAUGAAGAUGUGGAAAUGGUUAGCUGUGAUGUUUGCACAGAAGAAUUCCCGACAAUUUCUAAAGCCAUUACUCACAAACACAAAGUGCACCCAGAUCACGACGCAAAAUAUUUCUGCCCCUGGUGCGGAAAACUAUUUACGAUGAAGCACUUGUACAACAAACAUUUACAAACAAAUCACAAGGAACUAGAGAGAAGCCAUGAAGUGAACUUUCAUUGCGACAUUUGCAAUGUGGACUUUUUUAUUGCAGCAGCAAUGUUGUAUCACAACAAAUUUUUUCAUAGACAAGACACAAAUUUAUCAUCCAUUGGACAGUCAAAGAAAUUGAAAAUGAUCAAUAAUGAUGUUCUUCAAAUUUUUUACUGUUCAUUUUGUGGUGAUGAAUAUGACAACAAAGUCAAUUUACAUAAACAUAUGUUAGACGACCAUGGUGAUGAGAAUCAAAGUCCUGAAGAUGUGCUUAGGUGUCCCUUAUGUGAAGCUAUAUUCUAUCACUUAGAUGCCUAUGAGUUGCACCUUACUUUUCAUUCAAAUGAUGAUUUAUAUGUUGAAAAAAAUGAAUUAUUUGAACAGUUAACAGAAUUUUCUUUGGAAACUGUGCCACCUCUGAUGGAAAAAGUGGAAAAUGUGGAGAGCCAAGAUGCUGAAAAUGCUUUGAAUGCUGUAGGGCUGGAAAAAUUUCUAGAAAUGGCAAUGGACACGCCAGAUGAUAAUGAUAGCGAUAAGCCAAAAAAAUCUAAAAAACAUAAGAAGCAUAAGAAAUCAAAAAAAUCCGCUAUCACACUUGAUGAGUUCUUGAAUAUGAACAAGGACGUGUUCGGGGAAGGUUUGGAUUUUCAAGGAAUUGAAGAAGUCCCAACUAAAGCUGUAGCAAAAGGACUAAAAAAGAAAAAACUAGAUAAACCAAAUCUCAAGGUUGUAGAAAGUAAAGAUUUAGACAAACUUAAAAAACAAGGGAUUAUAGUUAAAAUGAACUCAAAGAAAUUACCAGCCCAGGCUGUAAUGAUUGGAAAUGAAUUACCUAACAAAUCAUCUCAAAUCCAACAACAAUCAACAUGUCAAACAAAAAUACCAACCACAGAUGAGGUUAUAUCUAAAUUAUUAAAUCAAGGUAACUCACAAAUAAAAAUUGUGAAAAAAUCAUCCCAUGAUAAUAGUACUGACAAAGAUAUUAAAUCAACUGGUGCAGACAAUAUAAACAAAUCUCCAACACCAGAAAAUAUAGAAGUAGAAAGUGAUCUAAUACAUAAUGUACAUAAUUCAUCAGAAACGGAAGCAAAACUAGACACUGAAUCACAGGUGAAAAGUUCUUAUCCACGAAAUGAUGUUAAAAAGAAUAUGCCAAUCGCGUCUUCUUUUCAAAAUUUAGAUGAAAAUCUACAACUUCUAAAUCAUACAAAUUCAAUAUGUAGUAAAAAAUUAGCAUGUGAUGAUGAUGAAACUGAAAAACCAUUUAACAAAGACCUCAUAGAUAAGGACGAAAAUAACGAUAGUCCAGAAAUAAAUAGUGCUAAAUUAAAACCCAAAAUUGUAAGUAAUAAUAUAACUUUAAAACCUUCAAUUUCGGAUAAUUAUCGUGAGAGUGAAGAAAAUAUUCAUAAUCAACCAAAAUGUAAAGGUGAUGUUACAGAUACAGAGAAUGUUACGUCAUCGCCUUCAAAAAAUAAUUCAUCAAAACACUCUUUGGAUGCAUUAAAGCACUUAAGCCACUUAAUAACAGUUAAAUCGGUUAGUGCAAAGGGCAGUCCUCCAGUCCAAACAAUACCAAAUCGACCUGAAACUCCAUCAAAAGACGAGAAAAUGGAAAUCAUUCAUUCAGAAAAUAUUUCUGAUCAAAAUGAUGAAGUAAUGUCCGAAAGUUUGUCUAACAUAGAAACGUCAAAUGGAAUACAGUCAAAUGAAAAGAAAGGUUCGUUUAAUACCAUAGAUGCUUUAAAAUCACUCAAUAAGAAUAUCAUAGUAAAACCAGUAAUGCUUUCACCUAAAAAUAUUACAGAAAAGACGAAUGAUAAUGCUGAUGCAUUAAAAAACUGUAAUACUAUUAAAACUAGUGUCACCACAAUACCAGAGCGGAAACCUAUUGAGCAGAGUACUGUUAAUAUGGAACCCAUUUUAAAACCUCCGAAACCAAGCCCUAAGUUAAAACAAAUUGAUGAUAGUAAUAUUUCUGAAAAAUUAGAAAAACAAAGUGCAAAUGUAAAUCUUCUCAAGCAUUUAACAAAUAUCACAGCAAAACCAAUUAAUAAAAAUAACCAAGUCAGCCCACCAGAAAGAACAAAAAAUAACUUUCAGGUUCUUGAUAAAAAAAGCAUAGCUCAAACAGAUGCCUCAAAGAAAUUAUUAAAUGAUGAUAUUGAAAUAUUCAAUAUUGAUGAUUCUGAUAGUGAUGAUGGAGAUGCAUCAACUCUAAUUGGACAAAAGGUAAACACUACAAAAGUAGUGUCUAAUGAUACAUCCAAUAAAUCUUUCGAGAAAUUAAAAACUGCACAUAAUGUAACAGUAAAAUCACUUAAACAACAAAUGACACAAAUAAAUAAAAAUAUUACAAAACAAAUGCCACCUUCAAAAGAAACAUUACAUAAUAACCCAUGUUCGAUGUCAGAUUUUUCAGACGAAGAUGAUCAAGAUAUGCUAAUGCCAGCAAAUCUAAGUAUUAAUCAAAAAUUAAGUUUACAGAGUUCGAAUAUUCAAGCUCUUAAAAAUUUAGGGAAAUUUAUCACAGUAAAGUCACGAAAUUCUUCCCUGAACGUCCCGUCUAUAAGAGAUUUAGAUUUACAAGAAGAAAUGGAUGAUGCUGAUAGUGAUAACGACUUGGUUCCUGAUAAAGUAAAAAUAACUGAACUUGAUAAUGAUAACUUUAGUGAUGAUGAAGUGAAUGACAGAAAGAUUAAUAAUAAACAUAACUUGAAUGUGUCAGUUCAGUCACCAGAAGCUUCGAAUAGUGAUCAUGAAAACGAUUUUAUGGAUGAUCCUGAUGAAGAGUUGUCUGAUUUUGAAACACAUCUUAAAACAAAUACUCUUAAAAAACCUUCUCUUGAAAAUGCACAAGGCUUAAAUCUGGAAAUAAAAAAAUUAAACAAAAAUGUGACAAUUAAGCCAAUUAACAAAUACAAGAAAGAUGACCAGCCGACAUCAUCAAAAAGUUUAGCAGCAAUUCCAAUAAGCAAUAGCAAAGAAUUAUCCAUAAAACCAUUCAGACAAACCAAAGCAAGUGUAGACAUUGAUACACUAAGUGGAAAAAAUAAUAAUGUAACAAAAGCAAUUCGGACAGUUAAUCAGUCACUCAACCAAAAUGUAGCUUCAAAUAGUCAAGUAAGUACUGUGAAUAAGGAAGUUACUGUAAAAACUUUUGAAACACAAACCGUAAUACAAGAAAUUACGACUACUGUUACUAAAACUAUUAAAACUGUAAAUCAAACUGUAAAACAACAAAUUCAGAGUUCUUCUCAAGUUUCUCAACCCAUGAAAUAUCAAAAAGUUCAGGGUAUGAAUCCUACCCAAAAUGUAAAAAAUAUCCAAGGAGUUACCGUGCGACAAGCGGCACCAAUAACUGGGACAAAAGUAAGGGGUCUCACUCCUACAAGAUUAGCAAUGGGUUCAACUGUAAGGCCUUCUAAUCAAUUAGUACCUGUAAGGCCAUCUUUAAACCCGUUGAGGGCAAACACCCCGAGAAUGCAGGCAGUGAAAAAAGUUGCAAAUCCUUCCUCUAACCAGCUGGGUCAAAAUUUAGUGAGGCCUGUGAAAAUUGCUUCUAAUGUGACAACGAAAAGGGCGUCGGAAGACACAACGGGACAUUUCAGCUGCUUUAAAAAACCAAAAGAAUCACUGAUUCCUAUAUCUGACAUUCCAAAUUUUGACAAUGAACAGAUGAACUCCACUGUUCAUUACACUUCUUCUCAUAGUAAAUCUAACUUCAGCAGCUCUACAAAAACAGUUAGGGGAAAUACAGUUGUUGCUGCUGCACAAAUGAAAACUGAAACGAGUAGUAGUGAUCAUAUAAGUAAACUCAAUAAUUUGUCAGGAUUAAAAAUAGUUAAAACUAGUCAAAGUAAGCAAACAAUGCAAGUUGAAGAGAAAAGCAAGCUUAGUGCAUCACAACGUAACACUUUAGAGGCAAUAGAAAAGUUACAAAAGCAGGGCCUUUUAAUAAAGAAACCUCGUGUAGUAAACAACGAUAGUGAACAUUCAGACAGUGAACAUGAGCAAUACUUAACUGAAGAACCAGAAGAUUAA